CCGGCGCGGGCCAGAAGCUUUGGAUGAAUGGAGGUGCAGGGUGCAGAUUGAACUAAGUCUCUGCUUUCCCCCUCUCUCCCGGCUGCUUCUGCCAUUUUUUUUCCUUUCCUUUUUUUUUUACUUUUUUUUUUUUUUUUUUUUUUUUUUCAGUGUCCCCAUUCUGAUCCCCGCUCUGUCGACGGCCCUGUUGGUCCCAGCGUCAGAGUUCUUGGUGCCCGAGUCGACUCCGGGCAUAGCCGGGGUUUGGGGAUCCGGAUAAUCGCCUAGGCCCAACCUCGGACCGCGCUCUCGAUUUCUACCUCGUCUGGCUCUCGGACGCGAAAUCCGAGUCGGUCCCUUGAGGCUGGAGGGUUGAUUUUAAGGUAUGAAGUGUCGGCUUGUCCGGCCCAAGUGCCGCUUUGUCUGAAGUCCGCCUGACUCUUCUCAGCCCGGGGCACUCGGUUCUCCUUGCUACCUGGCAAAGACCCUAGAGCCUUGUCACCUCUGCAUUGAGCUUACUCUACUGUUAAAAGACCAGCGCUUACUAUUGAAAACAGCAACAUUUCUGCCCACGACUCUGUCCACAGCUCUGCUAGUGAGAUCAAGAGAGAUGAUGCCUGAGUGUACAAGCCUUCAGUUUGUCAGCCCCUUUGCUUUUGAAGCCAUGCAGAAGGUAGAUGUCGUUCGCCUGGCAUCUUUAAGUGAUCCAGAAUUAAGACUUCUCUUGCCCUGCUUGGUGAGGAUGGCACUUUGUGCUCCUGCUGACCAGAGCCAAAGCUGGGCUCAGGAUAAAAAACUUAUACUUCGCCUUCUGUCUGGAGUGGAAGCUGUCAACUCCAUUGUUGCACUGUUGUCUGUGGACUUCCAUGCUCUAGAACAAGAUGCCAGCAAAGAGCAGCAGCUUAGGCAUAAACUUGGAGGAGGCAGUGGAGAGAGCAUCCUGGUAUCACAGCUUCAGCAUGGACUGACACUAGAAUUUGAACACAGUGAUUCCCCUCGUCGAUUGCGGCUUGUGCUGAGUGAAUUGUUGGCAAUUAUGAAUAAGGUGUCCGAGUGCAGUGGAGAGUUCUUUUUCAAGUCUUCUGAGCUCUUUGAGAGUGCAGUGUACUUGGAGGAGGCUGCAGAUGUCCUUUGUAUCUUACAAGCAGAGCUCCCUUCCUUGCUUCCUAUAGUCGAUGUAGCUGAAGCCUUGCUGCAUGUUAGAAACGGUGCCUGGUUCUUGUGUCUCUUGGUAGCCAAUGUUCCGGAUAGUUUUAACGAAGUUUGUAGGGGCCUGAUCAAAAAUGGAGAACGGCAAGAUGAAGAAAGUCUUGGAGGGAGGCGCAGGACAGAUGCCUUACGCUUCUUAUGCAGAAUGAAUCCUUCUCAGGCCCUGAAAGUCCGGGGCAUGGUGGUGGAAGAAUGUCACUUGCCAGGCCUUGGAGUAGCUUUGACAUUGGAUCAUACUAAAACUGAAGCUUGUGAAGAUGGAGUGAGUGACUUGGUUUGCUUUGUUAGUGGCUUGCUUCUUGGAACAAAUGCAAAAGUCAGGACUUGGUUUGGAACCUUCAUUCGAAAUGGACAACAGAGAAAAAGGGAGACCAGUGGCUCCGUGCUUUGGCAGAUGAGAAGGCAGCUUCUUCUGGAGCUGAUGGGCAUUCUUCCUACAGUGAGGAGUACCCGUAUUGUGGAGGAAGCCGAUGUGGAGAUGGAGCCUACUGUGUCGGUAUACUCGGGGCUGAAAGAAGAGCACGUCGUGAAAGCCAGCGCACUCCUACGUCUGUACUGUGCCUUGAUGGGGAUUGCUGGACUCAAACCAACUGAAGAAGAAGCUGAGCAGUUGCUGCAGCUAAUGACCAGCCGGCCUCCUGCCACGCCCGCCGGGGUUCGCUUCGUUUCCCUCUCCUUCUGUAUGCUGCUGGCCUUCUCCACACUUGUCAGCACACCGGAGCAGGAGCAGCUGAUGGUCGUGUGGCUCAGCUGGAUGAUCAAGGAAGAAGCCUACUUUGAGAGUACAUCAGGCGUCUCUGCUUCUUUUGGGGAGAUGUUGUUAUUGGUGGCCAUGUAUUUCCAUAGCAACCAGCUUAGUGCUAUCAUUGACUUAGUCUGCUCCACUUUGGGGAUGAAGAUUGUGAUUAAGCCAAGCUCCUUGAGCAGGAUGAAGACCAUCUUCACACAGGAAAUCUUUACAGAGCAGGUUGUCACAGCCCAUGCAGUUCGAGUUCCUGUCACCAGCAAUCUGAGUGCCAACAUUACUGGGUUUUUGCCUAUUCAUUGUAUUUACCAACUUCUCAGGAGUCGAUCAUUUACCAAGCACAAAGUGUCAAUAAAAGACUGGAUUUACAGACAGCUGUGUGAAACCUCCACUCCACUCCACCCUCAGCUACUUCCUCUGAUUGAUGUGUACAUAAAUUCUAUACUUACUCCUGCAUCUAAAUCAAACCCAGAAGCCACAAAUCAGCCAGUCACUGAACAGGAGAUACUCAACAUUUUCCAGGAAGUCAUUGGGGGUGACAGCGUCCGCCUUAACCAGCGCUUCAGUAUCACAGCGCAGCUUCUGGUGCUUUAUUAUAUCCUGUCUUACGAGGAAGCUCUCCUGGCAAACACAAAGACGUUAGCUUCCAUGCAAAGGAAACCCAAGUCCUACUCCUCUUCUUUAAUGGACCAGAUUCCUAUCAAGUUCCUCAUUCGGCAGGCUCAAGGGCUGCAGCAGGAGUUGGGAGGGCUGCAUUCAGCUUUACUACGUCUUCUAGCAACUAAUUACCCACAUUUGUGUAUCGUGGAUGACUGGAUCUGUGAGGAGGAGAUCACAGGGACUGAUGCACUGUUAAGGCGAAUGCUCCUGACUAGUAAUGCCAAAACCCACUCUCCGAAACAGCUACAGGAAGCAUUUUCAGCUGUCCCUGUAAGUCACACACAAGUGAUGCAGAUCAUGGAACACUUGACUCUACUUUCUGCCAGUGAACUUAUACCAUAUGCAGAAGUAUUAACGUCCAACAUGAACCAGCUGCUGAACUCUGGGGUUCCACGGAGAAUUCUUCAAACUGUCAAUAAGUUAUGGAUGGUUCUUAAUACUGUGAUGCCAAGAAGGCUGUGGGUAAUGACGGUUAAUGCACUCCAACCUUCCAUAAAGUUUAUACGACAACAAAAAUAUACCCAAAAUGAUUUGAUGAUAGAUCCUCUCAUUGUCUUGAGGUGUGACCGAAGGGUUCACAGGUGUCCCCCACUCAUGGAUGUUACUUUACACAUGCUGAAUGGGUAUCUCCUUGCCUCUAAAGCUUACCUUAGUGCCCAUCUGAAGGAAACAGCAGAGCAAGAUAGACCUUCCCCGAAUAAUACAGUAGGCUUGGUUGGACAGACUGAUGCUCCAGAAGUGACCAGAGAAGAACUGAAAAAUGCAUUACUGGCUGCUCAGGACAGUGCUGCUGUCCAGAUCCUCUUAGAGAUUUGCUUGCCUACUGAAGAGGAGAAGGCAAAGGGUGCCAGUCCCGACAUCUCCCUCAGGAAGGCUCAGGGUGUCAUUGGCAUCAGCACUACAGAUAAAGAGACAGAAGGAGAAGACACUUUGCUCUGUGACCUUCGAGAAGUCCAGUGCCUUAUCUGUUGCCUCUUACACCAGAUGUACAUUGCAGAUCCCAACAUUGCUAAACUUGUGCACUUUCAGGGUUAUCCAUGUGAACUUCUGCCUCUGACAGUCGCAGGGAUCCCAUCUAUGCACAUCUGUCUGGAUUUCAUACCAGAGCUUAUUGCCCAACCGGAACUUGAAAAACAGAUAUUUGCUAUACAGCUGCUUUCUCAUUUGUGUAUCCAGUAUGCAUUACCAAAGUCACUGAGUGUGGCUCGCUUAGCUGUCAAUGUUAUGGGGACUUUGCUAACAGUUCUAACACAAGCUAAGCGGUACUCCUUUUUCAUGCCAACUCUUCCAAGUUUGGUCUCCUUUUGUCGAGCAUUUCCUCCACUGUAUGAGGAUAUUAUGUCUUUGCUAAUUCAAAUAGGACAAGUAUGUGCCUCUGAUGUUGCCACUCAGACAAGAGACAUUGAUCCAAUCAUUACACGUCUUCAACAAAUAAAGGAGAAACCUAGUGGAUGGUCUCAAAUUUGUAAAGAUCCAUCUUACAAAAAUGGAUCCAGGGACACUGGAAGCAUGGAUCCUGAUGUCCAGCUUUGUCAUUGUAUUGAAAGCACAAUAAUUGAAAUAAUAAACAUGAGUGUUAGUGGAAUUUAAAAAAAAAUUUCUAAAUGCAGCCAUUUGUUGCAUUUACUAAAUCUGGACUUUAUGAGAACUCUGAACUGAAUGAGAACAGUGAGAUCUUGGAAUUGUUGAAGUGACACAAUUCAGCAUGAGGAUAAUUUAGAGCUCUCUGAGAAUUGUACUUGUUUGUUUGAUUGGCAUAUCUUUGGAUCUGCUCUGACGGUAUAUUUAUAUUGUAACAGCUGAACUUUUUUUCCAUUGGGGACACUUUUCUUGCUACUAGAAAGGGAUUGGUUCCUGUACUUAGCAUUUGAUGUGAAGAAAGAUUGCCAGGCUUUUAAUUUAAUUUCCUAAAAAAUGAGCCUGUGGAUAGCCCUCAUUUGUGAGUUUUCAACAGUUUUCAACAAAGAGAGAAAAAGAGGAAGGAGAAAGAGGAUGUAGGACAGGAAUCAUUUAGAAAAAAUUACUAUGGAGCAGUGGUGGUGCACGCCUUUAAUCCCAGCACUUGGAAGGCAGAGGCAGGCAGAUUUCUGAGUUUGAGGCCACCUUGGUCUAUAGAGUGAGUUCCAGGACAGCCAGGGCUAUACAGAGAAACCCUGUCUUGAAAAAAAAAAUUACCAUUUAAAUACACAGAAAUCUUACAGACUUGUAAUGCAAGUAACAGUAUUACAUGUUGAAAUUCUAAUUUGUUAGAGACAGUAGUAAGUUGGCUUAAAAAAAAAAAAAAAAAAGGCAGGUAAGCCAGGUGUGGUGGAGCAUGCCUUAAAUCCCAGCCCUAGGGAGAAAAGGAAAGGCAGGUGGACCUCUGUACCAGGCCAGCCUGGUUUAUAUAGUGAGUUCCAGGAGAGUCAGAGCUAUGUAAUGAGACCCUGUCCAAAAAAAAAGACUAAUAAAUGACUGCCUUGGAAUUACAGAUGAAGAUCUAAAGAUUUCACAAAUCUGCUUCAAUUUUUCCUAAUAUAUGAAGCCAUAUGUUUAAAGAGAUACUUGAAUAAUUUGAAAUUUUAAGAUACUGAUUGUAGUUACAGAAACAUCUUUGUGCGAAGAACCUGAAAGUAAAUUUCAUUUAUCCUUUUUAAAAUUUAUUUUUAUAAUGCUGUAUUAUCUAGUUCUCAGAGGAGCAAAGAUGUAUCAAAUUAAAUGAAUUUUAGAGCAAUAAACCCCAAUAGUGCUCUUGGUUCAUCAUCAGGAUUAUAAUUUAUAUUUUACUUUGAGAUGUUUGAGUAAGAAAAUACAGUGUUUGAACCUCAGGAAAAAUUAUAAUGUGGAAAAUACUGUGUUGGUGACUUUGCAGCCCUCUGUUAGGAGCUUCAUGAUUAAGGAGAUGCAUUCGGAUAACCAUAAUCAUUUUUUUAAAAUUAAGUAGCCAAUGUAGAAGGUACUUCUUUGCUCUUUGAGAAAUACCUCAAUCAUUUGCCACCCCACUCAAAGCAGACCUCUGGUUAAAGAAGGUAGUAAGUUAAAAGGAAAGUUUGUUUUUUUUACACAAAAAGAAUUUAGCUUCAUCCUUUCCUCUGGUACAUAGUCACAUCUCAUUUUUCUUUGUCACUCCUGACCCUACCUCAUGAAGGUGUUCUAUUAAAACAAGUUUUCUAGUUGUUUCCAAUCAUGAAGUGCAUCGUAUCAUGCAUGAUGGAAUAUAUAUAUAACUUUUUAUUAGAUGCUUAAUGUUCAAUUAAGUAAUUUUGAUGUGAAGAGUAAAAGAAUAUGCUUUAAAGAUAUACCACAAGAAUUUUCAUAUUUUUUAAAUGAGGCAGUUUUGUAGUCACUUAAGAUUAAAUACAACUGCUCCUGUUUUGUUUUUAAAUGAGGCCUUUCUGGAAUAUUUUGUGUGAAUAGUAGAAUCCUUUAGGAAUUCUGAAAUGUUUGAAGUAUGUUUUGUAAUGAAAUACAGUACACAUUUUGUGGAUCAAUUUUCAAAGACUAGUCAUAACCUACUGUGUUAAAGUAAUAACAGCCUGUUUUUCAUCCAAUUUGUUGAUGAUGUAAAUAAAAUGUGUAAAUAAUAUUAGUAAAUGUUAAUAUUCAUGUAUCUUAAGUUAAGGUUCUAACUUUGUCACAAUGUGAUUUUUUUAUUCAAGUCAAAACAGAUGUGUGCAGCUAUUUUGGAUAUUGAUUUAUAAACAUUCAUUCUUUAUCAAUGA